AUGGCGGCGGUGGAGAAAGGAAGGAUUUGCGUAACCGGUGCCGGAGGAUUUCUAGCUUCGUGGGUCGUCGAUCUUCUCCUCUCUAAGGAUUAUUUCGUCCAUGGCACUGUCAGAGACUCUGAUAAUGACAAGUAUGCUCAUUUGAUGAAGCUUGAGAAAGCCGGUGAGAAACUGAAGCUCUUCAAGGCUGAAUUGCUGGACUACGGUUCUCUUCAAUCCGCAAUCGCAGGUUGCAGUGGUGUCUUCCAUAUCGCAAGCCCUGUUCCAUCAAGUAUAGUCCCAAAUCCUGAGGUCGAAGUGAUCGCACCCGCUGUGGAUGGCACGCUGAAUGUGCUCAAAGCAUGCGUUGAAGCAAAUGUUAAGCGUGUUGUGUAUGUUUCCUCAGCUGCUGCACUUGCUAUGAACCCUUUGUGGUCUAAGAAUCAAGUAAUAGAUGAGACUUGUUGGUCUGACCAGGAAUAUUGCAGGAAAACUAUGAAUUGGUAUUGUCUGUCAAAGACAAAAGCAGAAACUGAAGCUUUCGAAUUUGCGAAACGAACUGGAAUUGAUCUUGUCAGCGUUUGCCCUACCAUGGUCUGGGGACCUGUACUGCAGCACACAAUAAAUGCUAGUACCCUUGCUCUUGUCAAGCUUCUUAAAGAGGGUUCUGUAUCGCGGGAGAACCAAGUGCGAAAUGUGGUAGAUGUGCGUGAUGUGGCUCAAGCUUUACUUUUGGUUUAUGAGAAAGCAGAAGCUGAAGGAAGAUACAUAUGCACAUCCCACGUUGUCGAAGAACAAGAUGUGGUUGAAAAGCUGAAGAGUCUUUAUCCAAAUUACAACUACCCAAAGAAAUACAUCGAGUCGGAAAGAAAGUUGACGAUUAGUUCAGAGAAGUUGCAGAAGUUGGGUUGGACGUUCAGGCCUUUAGAGGAAACACUUGUGGAUUCGGUAGAGAGUUACCGGAAAUUUAAGAUUGUGGACUGA